AUGACGGAGCGCCGGUGGCUCCUGUCUGCCUCCCUGAUCAGACGGCAUAGUUCUCGGUGGCCCCUGGAGCUGGAUGGUGACUGUCCCUGGUGGAGGACCCGGGGCGACAUAGGGAGUCUGGCCGAAUCUGAGCGGGAGCCCGGAAAUGGACUGAGGCCCACGAAUGGAGCGUGCGCCCCGCAGCCGGGCCCGGCGCCCGCCGCCUGCCCUGUCCCCUGCCACUGCCAGGAGGGAGGCGUCACGCUGUCGGCUGACUGCUCGGAGCUCGGGCUCUCUGCCGUGCCUGGGGACCUGGCCCCGCUGACGGCUUACCUAGACCUGAGCAUGAACAACCUGACGGAGCUGCGGCCCGGGCCCUUCCGCCAGCUGCGCUUCCUGGAGGAGCUGAGGCUCUCCGGGAACCGCCUGUCACACAUCCCGGGACAAGCCUUCUCUGGUCUGCACAGCCUGAAGGUCCUGAUGCUGCAGAACAACCAGCUGGGAGGGGUCCCUGCCGAGGCCCUGUGGGGGCUGCGGAGCCUGCACUCCCUGCGCCUGGAUGCCAACAUCAUCUCCGUGGUCCCAGAGAGGAGCUUUGAGGGGCUGUCCUGCCUCCGCCAUCUGUGGCUGGACGACAAUGCACUCACCGAGGUCCCUGUCAGGGCCCUCAGCAACCUGCCCGCCCUGCAGGCCAUGACCCUGGCCCUAAACCGCAUCAGCCGCGUCCCCGACUUCGCCUUCCAGAACCUCAGCCGCCUCGUGGUGCUGCACCUUCAUAACAACCGCAUCCAGCGUCUGGGGACCCACAGCCUCGAGGGCCUGCACAGUCUGGAGACGCUGGACCUGAACCACAAUGAGCUGCAGGAGUUCCCUGCCGCUGUGAGCACGCUGGGCAGGCUGCAGGAGCUGGGCUUCCACAACAACAACAUCAGAGCCAUCCCCGAAAGGGCCUUCGUGGGGAACCCACUGCUGCAGGCCCUACACUUCUACGACAACCCGAUCCAGUCGGUGGGAAGGUCUGCAUUCCAGCACCUGCCCAAGCUGCACACACUGUCCCUGAACGGAGCCACAGACAUCCAGGAAUUCCCAGACCUCAAGGGCACCUCAAGCCUGGAGACGCUGACCCUGACCCGCGCGGGCGUCCGGCUGCUCCCGGCGGGGAUGUGCCAGCAGCUGCCCAGGCUCCGGGUCCUGGACCUGUCCCAGAACCGCAUUGAGGAGCUGCCUAGCCUGCAUGGCUGCCAAAAGCUGGAGGAGAUUGGCCUCCAGCACAACCGCAUCUGGGAGAUUGGAGCCAACACCUUUGGCCAGCUGAGCGCCCUGCGGGCCCUGGACCUGAGCUGGAACGCCAUCCGGUCCAUCCACCCUGAGGCCUUCGCAGCCCUGCGUUCCCUGCUCAAACUGGACCUGACAGAGAACCAGCUGAGCACGCUGCCCCUGGCCGGCCUCGGGGGCCUGAAGCAUCUCAAGCUCAGGGGAAACCCGGCUCUGUCCCAGCCUUUCUCCAAGGACAGCUUCCCGAAGCUGAGGGUCCUGGAGGUGCCCUACGCCUACCAGUGCUGUGCCUAUGGCGCCUGCACCGGUGUCUCCGAGGCCACUGGGCAGUGGGAGGCAGAGGACGCCCACCCGGAGGACCAGGAGGCUCCCCGGAGGCCGCUGGGCCUUCUUGCCGGACAGGCCGAGAACCACUAUGACCUGGUGGACGAACUCCAGCUGGAGACGGGGGACACAAAGCCACACCCCAGUGUCCAGUGUAGCCCCGCUCCAGGCCCCUUCAAGCCCUGCCAGCACCUCUUCGAAAGCUGGGGCGUCCGCCUGGCCGUGUGGGCCAUCGUGCUGCUCUCCGUGCUCUGCAACGGGCUGGUGCUGCUGAGCAUGUUCGCUGGCGUGCCCGGCCCCCUGCCGCCGGUCAAAUUUGUGGUCGGCGCCAUAGCCGGUGCCAACACCCUGACCGGCAUCUCCUGCGGCCUCCUGGCCUCUGUUGACGCCCUGACCUUUGGCCACUUUGCCGAGUACGGGGCCCGCUGGGAGACGGGGCUGGGCUGCCGGGCCACAGGCUUCCUGGCCGUGCUUGGGUCCGAGGCCUCGGUGCUGCUGCUGACUCUGGCCACAGUGCAGUGCAGCAUCUCGGUGUCCUGCCUCCGGGCCUAUGGCAAGGCCCCCUCCCUGGGCAGCAUGCGAGCAGGUGCGCUGGGCUGCCUGGCCCUGGCCGGUCUGGCUGCCGCCCUGCCCCUGGCCUCGGUGGGAGACUACGGGGCCUCCCCGCUCUGCCUGCCCUACACCCUACCCGAGGGCCAGCCAGCAGCCCUGGGCUUCGCGGUGGCCCUGGUGAUGACGAACUCUUUCUGCUUCCUGGUGAUGGCCGGCGCCUACAUCAGACUCUACUGCAACCUGCCGCGGGGCGAGCUGGAGGCCACGUGGGACUGCGCCCUGGGAAGGCACGUGGCCUGGCUCAUCCUGGCCGACGGGCUCCUGCACUGCCCCGUGGCCUUCCUCAGUAUCGCCUCCGUGCUCGGCCUCGUCCCAGUCACCCCUGAGGCCGUCAAGUCCGUCCUGCUGGUGGUGCUGCCCCUGCCCGCCUGCCUCAACCCCCUGCUCUACCUGCUCUUCGGCCCCCACUUCCGGGAGGACCUGCGGGGGCUCCGGUCCUGCUCAAGGGCCCAGGGGACCCUGGCCCACGCGGCUGCCCUCGAGCUGGAGAAGAGCUCCCGUGACUCCACCCAGGCCCUGGUGGCCUUCUCCGAUGUGGACCUCAUUCUGGAAGCUUCCGAGGCUGGGCAGCCCCCUGGGCCAGAGACCUGUGUCUUCCCCUCAGUGACUGUCAUGUCCCGUCAGCAGCCAGAGCUCCCCAAGCUGGAGGGCAGCCACUUCGCAGAGCCCGAGGGAACCCACUGUGGGAACCUAUGCCCCUCUGCGGGCGGGGAACUGCUCCCGAGGGCAGAGGGAGCCUCGUCGGCCGAAGGGGGCUUGUCGGUGGGCGUGGGCGGCGGGCCCUCCGGCUCGGCCUUCGCCUCACACGUGUAAAUGUCCCUCCCCUUCUCUUCCCUUUCCUCCCUUCCCCUCCACGAAUGAUGGCUGCUUGUA